AUGAUGAAUAGACUUACAGACGACCUCGUGACCGACAUUCUCUCGAGGCUGCCCAUCAAAACCCUCACGCGAUGCACGUGCGUAUGCAAACUCUGGCGCAAUAUAGCACGCGACCCUCGAUUCAUUCACUCCCAACUCAAUAGUCGAUCCUCCCAGCAAAACCCUAGUUUCAUUCUCUGCACUACCCUCUGGUUCGAUUCCGCCUUCCGAAGCCAAAUCUACUUUCUAGAACACAACGAAACUUUGGGUUACACUUGUGAAAAGGUCAGUUUUUCAAUACCCGAUCUCAAAGAGUUUCGAUCUAUCAGUUCUUGUAAUGGUCUCCUCUGUUUGGUUGAUCGCAUGAACAGAGACCCAAUUUAUAUAUGCAAUCCUUUCACUAGAUGUUGCACUAAACUUCCUAUUCGGAUUGACCCACCACAGAAUAUUGGUGGAUUGGUAAUGGGUUUUGGAUUUAACCCAACAAGAAACGAAUAUAAGUUAGUAGAGAUUAUUAAUUCCUCUGGACCUUUCAUGGUUUCAGAAUCUACGGUUUAUGUGUACACUUUAGGUGAUGGGUUUUGGAGAAAUAAAGGUAACGUUCCUUAUGUAAUCCUUUCGCAGCAAUUGGCUUUGGCUUCUUCGGAAGCAUUUUUGUGUGGAGCUCUACACUGGCUCUGUUUAUUUCCCGCCAAGCACAUUGCUUCUUUUGAUAUUGCAAAUGAACUAUUUGGAGUCAUACCGUAUCCUGAAAUGGUUGUAGAUGGUGGAGGUGGUUUGUCAUUGGUAGUGUUGGGUGGGUGUCUUUCAAUCAUGGACUCUUCAUUUCAUGAACAUAUUGAUUUGUGGAUUAUGAAGGAUUAUGGUGUUAAAGAGUCUUGGGUUAAAUCUUUCUCCAUAAGAUUUCAUCUGGUUGGGUGGGACAUCAUCAAAUAUGUUCGAACUCUAUGUGUUCAGGGAAAUGGAGAACUUUUGAUGCUUCAUAAUAAUCAAGCUUUGCUUUCUUAUAGUCCCAGGGCCAUGACAUUGAGGAAGCUUAGAAUUGCAGGGCUUCCAUCUUGGUUUGAAAUGGUUAACCAUGUAGGGAGCCUUGUUUCACUUUAA